AUGGCGUCGUUCAAUCAAGAUGCAACGUUCCAGUCGAACAUCCCUAUUCCUCUGGACAUCACUGUGGCUGUGGUGUAUUCGCUCUUUGGAAUAUGUUCACUCUUAGGAAACAGCACCCUACUGUAUGUUUCCUACAAGAAAAAACACCUCCUGAAGCCGGCCGAGUACUUCAUUAUCAACUUAGCCAUCAGUGACCUGGGCCUGACUCUGUCUCUCUACCCAAUGGCCAUAACGUCCAGCUUCUAUCACAGGUGGCUAUACGGGAAGACUGCGUGCUCCAUCUACGCCUUCUGCGGCAUGCUGUUUGGCAUCUGCAGUUUGAGCACUCUCACCUUGCUCAGCGUGGUCUGCUUUGUUAAAGUGUGUUAUCCAUUCUACGGUAACAGGUUCAACUGCAAUCACGGCCGUCUGCUUAUCACCUGUGCCUGGCUCUACGCGCUGUUGUUCGCUUGCUGCCCGCUGGGCCACUGGGGAGAGUACGGACCGGAGCCCUACGGCACUGCCUGCUGCAUUGACUGGCGAUUGUCCAAUCGACUCCCGAAAGCACGGUCCUACACGGUAGCGCUCUUCUUCUUCUGCUACAUCCUACCAUGCUGCAUCAUCCUGUCGUCCUAUAUGGGCAUCCUCACCACGGUGCGCGCGUCGCGCAAGACGAUGGAGCAGCACGCGUUGAGACGGACGCACAUGAGCAGCAUACAGAUCAUUAUUAUCAAGCUAAGUGUGGCUGUCUGCAUUGGUUUCUUUGUGGCAUGGAGUCCCUACGCACUAGUGUCCAUGUGGGCCUCCUUCGGUAACAUCGAAGACAUCCCGCCUCUGGCGUUUGCCAUGCCGGCCAUGUUUGCCAAAUCCUCCACCAUCUACAAUCCAAUCGUCUACCUCAUGCUAAGGCCUAACUUCCGAAAGGUAAUGUUAAGGGACCUCGGCGUUCUGAAGAGCUGCACGGUAAAUUGCUGCCGUCGGCCCAAAGUCAAGGUGAGGCUUCGGCUAGUCCAAAGACAGAUUGAGCAGUUCCCUUCUCCCAAUUCGUCCAUGCAAUCACCAACAGUUGUGUUGAAAUGUCCCAAGGACACUGUUGAAUGUCUCGGACUCUGUCCUCAAGUGCACGGUGUCACAAAUUCUGCAGCCUAUGCGGACUCAUCCAAGGGUAAGGGCACCUCAUGUGUGAGCCACAACGGGUCCAUGCUGUGCCUAACAUGUGCAAAAAGGACUUCAGACAGUCUUCAUAUUGAUUUGGAGAUGGCUCCAGGCAAAGCAAAAAUGGCUUGGCCCUGA